AAACUAAACUAAAAAGCCUUCUCCCCUCUUUUGCAAUCAUCAUUUCCCUUCCUUUCUGUUCCAAGUGGUUGGAUUUUAGAGUUUGUUUGUUCCAACUUACAAAACCUCCAACCCCACAUUUUACUCUCUGCUUUUUGUCUUCUUCCAUUCUUCUACAAAUUUGUAUGUUGUUUAAAACCCUGUCUUCUUAUUAACCAACAACAACCAUUACAAAAACAUAAACACAGAGGACCCCUUCCUAAGUUAUGAGCACAGCCAGGUUUAUCAAAUGUGUCACAGUCGGCGACGGCGCCGUCGGGAAGACUUGUAUGCUCAUUUCUUACACUAGCAACACUUUUCCCACGGAUUAUGUUCCGACUGUGUUUGAUAACUUCAGUGCCAAUGUAGUAGUCGAUGGCAGCACUGUCAAUCUUGGCUUAUGGGACACUGCUGGACAGGAAGAUUACAACAGAUUGAGGCCUCUGAGCUACAGAGGAGCUGAUGUUUUUCUAUUGGCAUUUUCUCUUAUAAGCAAAGCUAGUUAUGAGAACAUCUUCAAGAAGUGGCUUCCUGAACUUAAACAUUAUGCUCCAAAUGUACCCAUUGUUCUGGUUGGAACUAAGCUUGAUCUACGAGAGGACAGAGAGUAUUUGAUUGAUCAUCCUGGAGCAACUCCCAUAACAGCAGCUCAGGGGGAGGAACUGAGGAAGAUGAUUGGGGCAAUUACAUACAUAGAAUGCAGCUCCAAAACCCAAAAGAAUGUUAAAAAUGUGUUUGAUGCGGCAAUAAAGGUAGCGUUGAGGCCUCCAAGACCAAAGAAAAAGGCUCGCAAGCAAAGGACAACUUGUGCUUUACUUUGAAACUUCACAACCCAUCCCUAAUCACUUUUAAUGGAAAAAUUAUUCCCUAUGGUUAAAUAAUUUCUACGCUGAAAUCACACAUUUAUUGGAUGACCAUAUUCAAUAAUUUUUCUAUUUCUUUGUUAUAUAUAUAUAUAUAUGUUCCCAUUUGUAAGAAUUGUGGAGGUAUUUUCACUCCAUCUAAAAACUCUCCAUGUAAGAGAAACUUAUUAGAAGGUUUUGUUUUGAUCGAAAAA